GCAACUAUCAGUGUGGCUUCAGUGAGCUUCUCUGUGCCAUCUCAGAGAGGUGACGCUGAGGACACCUGCCCCUAAAAGACACAAAAUCUUUCGCGCGCAGCCGCCACUUCCUGAUUGCUCUGCCCUUACCUAAGAUGGCGGCUAGUUGCCUUCGGCCCGGCUUACUGCGGCUGCUCAGUACACUGCUGGCGCAAACAGGUCUACAGCCCUCCUGAACCGCGGAGGUGAAUCCUGGGACGCAGCGUGUCUCCGCCCCGCGGUGCAGCUAGGGGGUGUGCUUUGGGGGCAUAGGGGCUAGUGUUGUGCUGCGAUCCGCCUUUCCCUCGCUUCCUAGCACCAAGGCUGCACGAGCCCAAGGUGAUUUUUUUCCCCCUUGGGCCCAAUAUGAUACUAACCAAAGCCCAGUACGAGGAGAUAGCCCAAUGCCUAGUGUCUGUACCGCCCACCAGGCAGAGCCUGAGGAAGCUGAAGCAGAGGUUCCCCAGUCAAUCGCAGGCCACUCUGCUGAGCAUCUUCUCCCAGGAGUACCAGAAACAUAUUAAACGAACACACGCCAAACAUCACACUCCGGAAGCGAUUGAAAAUUAUUACCAGAGGUACCUGAACGGCGUGGGGAGAAACGGAGCAGCCCCUGUGCUCCUGGAGCUAGCCAAUGAGGUGGACUACGCACCCUCAUUAAUGGCUCGGAUUAUCCUGGAGAGAUUUCUACAGGGGCAUGAACAGACUCCACCCUCCAAGUCUGUUAUAAAUAAUAUGCUACGGGACCCUUCUCAGAUUCCAGAUGGAGUUCUAGCCAACCAGGUCUAUCAGUGCAUUGUGAACGACUGCUGUUAUGGACCGCUGGUGGACUGCAUCAAGCAUGCUAUUGGCUAUGAGCAUGAAGUCCUGCUGAGAGACUUACUUCUGAAGAAAAACCUGUCCUUCCUAGAUGAAGAUCAGCUCCGUGCAAAGGGCUAUGACAAAACACCAGACUUCAUUUUACAGGUGCCAGUUGGUUUGGACCAGGCUUGGUCAUCUAUUGGUACGGAUUUAUCCAGGAACUGGACUGCAACCGGGAAAGAGGUAUCCUGCUCAAAGCCUCUUUCCCCACAGACAUCGUCACCUUAUGCCAUAGCACAGCUUGACCCUGAAGAUCCUGGAAGAGAAGCCGGAAGCAAUGUGACUUUCCUGCAGUAUAAACUUCUGGCAACAUCUGCGCUGAACUUCAGCUGAACCCUGGCUGCUGCAGUCGCAGCCCUACCUCUCUAGACAAACAUAUCAAGAGUUUCUGUUUUCCUUCAUCGCUAGCCGAUGUGAAUAGCCAAGAACUACGGACACAACCCACUCAUUAUCAGCAUCUCUGUCUCCGACACAGUUAGUUUAUAGAUAGUCAUAAUCCUGCUUCCUUCCGAAUGCUUUCUCCUUGCAUACCGAACAGAAGGGACAGUGUGGAGACUGAAGGGUGUGAUUUUUCAGUUCUCCUCCGUUAUUGAACACUCCCUUGCUUUUCCUUUUAAAGCUCCAUUCAUUGGCUCUCCCUGCUUUCUCUGCAUGGGUAUACUCUGGUACUAAGUGUUGCAUUAACAUCAGGGAAUAACCUAGCACAAACCUAGAAAAGCUGGAGACAGGAAGUCUGUUAGCAAGUGUUCCUUCUCACCUGGGGCUCAGCAGAGCCGGACAGGGACCUUUUCUGUGGAGACCUACGGCCUCGUGACUUCUGUGGCAUCCAGCCAAGCUGCAAAAAUCCCCCUUGAUGAGAAUUUCCUCUUUUCAUGAAGCUUAUUUGAACACAAGCAUUUCACAUUGAUCUCACCUUAAAGUAUGAGAUGCUUUGUGUCCGGCAAACCAUGCUCCUUUGGCUUGGGGCUGAGGCAGAGGACUGACACUCAGUCUCCCUCUCUACAGUGGCCUUUGAAACAUGACUGGUGGCCUAUACAAUGUUGGCCACUAUUUUUAUGAGUUUUUUUUAAGUACAUUCAUACAUACUGCUUUGUGUCUGCAUUUUAUACCAAAUAAUUGUAUAAUGCCCAAAUAAUUUAGACAUUAUAGUCAGCUUUGAAUGAAUUAAGUAUUCCAGAAAAAUCCUAGAGUGAUUUUUUAAAUAAGUAAAAUAAAAGAGAUUUUGUAUUUAUUCACUUUUAUAUACUGCAGACCAGACUUCAGUCAGAAGCAAAACAUCAAUAAAAUAAUUAUAAACCUAUCUUUUGGGAAAUUUAAAAGUAAUCUGUAUCCCCCUCCAAAAAAAAAGUAUUUAAAAAUAUUUGUCCCAGUGCUUGUAAAAUGUCACUUUUAAAAUAUUGAGUAGAUGUUUUUAGAAGUAAAAAUAAGGCUUUUGGAAACACCUUAAGUCUCACACAUUGGUGAGUUCCUCUUGUGCCUGGUCAGUGAAAAACUUGCCCUGUUGCCUUCCUGCCAAUGGCCACGAGUGUGGCAGGUCAAGAUAGGAUGGUAAGCCCUCCUGGGAGACAGCACUAAAUCACGGGGUCGGAGGCAGAGUGGGGAGGAAGCCUCAGGCAGGUUUUGCGUAUGAAACAGAUGGUUCGAGAACACCACUCCAUUGCCUUUAUACACACGCUUUAAAGAAAACUACAAAAAUCUGUUUUUAUAGCAUGCCCUCAGCCACUGGUUUUGUUUGUUUUGUUUUGGGGGGUUUUUGUUUUUUUUGUUGUUGUUGCUGUUUUUGUUUUGGGGAGGGUGCAGUAAAUGACAUAUAUCUGCACAAAUAUUGAAAAUCCUGCUAAACCCUUGUCAAAGAUUUGCUUGUUUUAACAUUAGCCUAAUUUAUGAUGAGCGUGCCCAAAUAAAUUUUAAAAGCUCAAAAGGUG